GUGUGUGAGUGUUGUUGCUACUGGCAACUCAAGCAAACACAAAGAUCAGAAUAAAAAUUGGCUUUGUAUUAUAUAGCUCUUUGAAGAUAAGUGAACAGAAGAUUGAAUUUACACAAUGUCUGAUAUUGAUUCAGAAGAUAUGGAGGACCAAGGUCCCAAUCUUGGAAGCUAUGAGGGUGAGAGGAAUGAGGGUGGAGAGCGUCAUGGUAAAGGACUGGCUGAGCUCCCUAAUGGAGAUGUGUACGAUGGAUACUAUGCCAGUGGAAAGCGAAAUGGGCAGGGAACAUACAAGUUCAAGUCAGGAGCCCGCUACAUUGGAGAGUACGAGGAGAAUAGGAAGCAUGGUCAAGGUCUCUUUCAUUACCCAGACGGAUCUAAGUAUGAAGGUGAAUGGGAGGGAGAUCUGAAGCAUGGUUUUGGGACGUACACUUAUAGUAAUGGAGAUACUUAUGAGGGAGAGUGGAACAAUAACCUUCGACACGGCCAAGGGACCUACACGUAUGCCAGCUCCGGGGCAAAGUACGGGGGAGCAUGGUUGAAUGGACGGAGAGAAGGCACUGGAGAGAUCAUACUUUCAAACUACAGCUAUAAGGGCAUCUUUACUGCAGACCAGCCUCACGGGGCUGGCAAGUACACAUUCAGUGUUGGAUGUCAGCAAAAUGGAGACUACUUUCUGGAAAGUGCUGCACCGGUUGAGGAGAAUGAUGACGAAGAUGUCCCAGCGGUCACCACUGUGAGGUGGAGGGGAGCUGAAGUGUUCUCCACUCCAAAAUAAGAACUACAUCAUCAAACUAUAGCUUUCAAAGCAAUUGCAACUUAUUAUUAUGUUCCACUGCAUUGUAUUAAUGUGGUAAAUCUUACAUCCUGUAUUGUCAGCGACUUCCUUCAAUAGCAAUACAGCCAUUGUGAACUCUGA